ACCAACUAGGUGGAACUCUACCUACCUCAUGUUAGAAACCGCACAAAAAUUUGAAAAAGUGUUCAUACGUAUGGACUUUGAGGAUGAUAGUUAUUCUUCAUACUUUAUGAACAAGGAGAAUAGUGGUGGUAUGGGAUCUCCUAGUAGUAUUGAUUUUCAAAAUUGUAGGAUAUUUGUGGGGUUUUUGAAGCUUUUUUACAAUGCUACAAAAAAGUUUUCAGGUUCUUUGUAUGUUACUGCCAACACCUUUUUUGAUGAGAUGUUUGUCAUUCAAGAGAAUAUUUCCAAUUUAAGUAAAUCACAAAACCACCUCUUGAAAAACAUGGCAACUAAAAUGGAAUCUAAGUUUGAUAAGUAUUGGGGGAAAGGGGAUAAAAUGAAUCAUCUCUUGUAUGUGGCUGUGAUUCUUGAUCCAAGAAAGAAGUUGAGGUUUUUGAAGUUCUGUUUUUCUGAAAUUUAUGGAAAUAAAGUGGCUGAUGUGAUGGUUGAAUUGGUGAGGGGUGCCUUGGUCAAGUUGUAUGAUUUUUAUUCUCGUGUUGAUUCAUCAAAUGUACAAGUAGCAAGUGAGAGGGAGAGGACACACAUAGAAGGUGAGUCAAUAGGUUGUAGUGAUCCAUAUGUGAUGGUUAAUUCUAGGUUUGAACGGUUUUUGGAGGCUGAGCAGUCCAUAGGGUGUAGCAAUGAGAUUGACAAAUAUUUGGCUGAAAAUUGUGAAAGUAGAAGAGGGGAUGUGAAAUUUGAGAUAUUAGGGUGGUGGAAGGCUAAUUCAGAUAGAUAUCAAGUGCUGUCCAAAUUGGCUAGGGAUGUGCUGGCUGUACCUGUUUCUACUGUUGCUUCUGAGUCAGCGUUUAGUACCGGAGGACGCAUACUUGAUCCAUUUCGGAGUUCACUCUCCCCACUUAUGGUUCAAAAUCUGGUUUGUGCACAAGACUGGCUUCAAGCCUUGGUUCCAAUUUCUUUUCGCAAAUCAAAAGAUGAGGUAGAGGUCUUGGAAGAUGAAUUUCAUGAUUUAGGUAAUAUGUUAACUUCCAAACUUUGUCUAUUAAGUGCUAUUAAAUGUGUCUUAUGCAAAUGAAAUUUAAUCUAAUAGUCUUCAUUUCUUUCUCUUUUCUAGUUAUACAUCAAGCAGCAACAGGUGGUGGAAGUUCAAGCUCAAGCAAAGGUAUCUCAAUUAACAUUGAUGACUAAUCAAAAACUGGGAGGAAGGACACACAUUUUGUAUAGGAGGCAGAUUUUUGGAUGCAAUUUGGAAGUUUUUUUGGACAGUGCUUUUCUAACUGAUAAUUGAUAAAUUAACUCUUGCUUAUAGGAAAGAAAACUUAUUAAGUUUAAUAGGCUUUCUUUUCUAUAAGUCAUGGACUAAACUCUAUAUAGUAGUUGCUCUUUAAAUGUUUUAGAAAA